AUGGCGGCGCAGAGCCUGCUUAGCUCAAAGAGUCCUCUCAUGUCCCUCCAAACGGUUACCUGUUGUUUCAGUUUCACAGCAACGUCUCUCCCUCUCUCUUCUUCUCUACCUGAACAGCCGGAGUUGUCUGGAGCAGCUGUCCUGCACCAGACGCGGAGGGAUCAGGUGGUGGAUGCCUGUCGAGUCUACAGUGCGUCCAGCCGUAAGCGCAGAGUCCUGACACCCGGAGACCUCAAACACCUCGUAGUGGACGAGGAUCAUGAGCUCAUCUACUGCUACGUGCCCAAGGUGGCCUGCACCAACUGGAAACGCGUCAUGAUGGUGCUGACGGGCCGGGGAAAAUACAGUGACCCGAUGGAAAUCCCUUCCAAUGAAGCCCACAUUCCUUCCAACCUGAAGACGCUGAACCAGUACAGUAUUGCUGAGAUCAACCACCGCCUCAAGAACUACCUCAAGUUCCUCUUCGUCCGCGAGCCCUUCGAGAGGCUGGUCUCCGCAUACCGCAACAAGUUCACCCUCAAGUACAACUCGUCCUUUCACAAGCGCUUCGGCACCCGCAUCAUCCGCCGCUACCGCAAGAACGCCACGCAGGACGCCCUGCUCAACGGUGCUGAUGUCAAAUUCAAAGAAUUCGCUGAAUACCUGGUGGACCCAGCCACUCAGCGCGAUGGCCCACUCAACGAGCACUGGCAGACCGUCUACCAGCUUUGUCACCCAUGUCACAUCCACUACGACAUGGUGGGCAAGUACGACACACUGGAAGAGGACGCUAACUACGUGUUGCGGCUGGUUGGUGUUGGCGACUCCUUGCACUUCCCCAGCUACGCCAAGUCUACGCGCACCACGGAUGCAAUGACGGCCCAGUUCUUCAGCAAUAUCAGCACUCAGCAGCAGAUCCAACUCUACCAGCUUUACAAGUUGGACUUCCUCAUGUUCAACUACUCCACACCCAGCUACCUCCGGCUGGACUAAUGGAGGACAGAGCUGGGACUCUGAGAACGGCUAUCUUGUUUAAGGAGAGGCAACAAAAUGAGUGGAGGGAUUUUUUGGAGGAAAACUUGAUUUUUUAAAAACUGUCGUCGUAACUUGCAGGCGUGGGGUCUGAAUUAGACAUAUAAACAGGUGCUGAGAGAAAGAAAGGUAAUGCGUGAUUGUCUGGGCAUGACGGGGUGGAAGUCCAAUCGACUCUGUGCGAUACAGAGAGCACUGAUUGGAUGAGAAUGUGGGCUAAAUGGACCAAAUGCAUGCAAAGACUUAAAUGUGUGGGUGAAGCAGGUCUUCAAGGUGUUUUAAAAGGGGAACCCAUCCUCAGAGGACGGACUUGAAGAGGGAUUCUCCUGAUGAUGUCCCCUACAUGUUUAAACAAACUGCUGACAAAUUAGGCUGCUUCAGAUUCUACAAAGCAAACAGUGGCCUCGCACGCGCCCUGACCCCAACGCAUUGUGGGAGCUAAGCUUAUCUCCCCCCUCCCCCUGAUCAAUAGAGAUACUCCGUCAAAUUGUAAAACACAAUCCAUGUCCUUCGCUGCACUGUCGGUGCGGUGUGUGACUCUUGCCCUCAUUAGAUUCAUACAUUUCAGAGGUAAACCGGCUCAUCCCCGCCUGAAGGACGCCCUGUAAUAGAUGGCUUUACUCUCAAGACCUCUGCAACUGGAACUAUGGCGACUUGGCCUUCAGACAACACAAGGUGUCACUGGCCUCCAUCAUUAGGAUGUUGGCAGAAGGGACCUGUUGUUACUCCUUAAGGAGACUCCUGCUGCAGCAGCAAAGGGUGGAAGUGCUUGAUAAAUCAUUUCCUGUAAUACCAAACAUCCUUAACACUUUGAGCUACAGGACAUGAAAGGUGCAGGAUGCUCUCACAUGAUUGGGCGCUCCAGCCGUGACAAGUCAGAGCUCAAAGAAAAGAGAGCUGUGGUGGUGAAAGGGUUAAAGGCAUCUCGUACCUCCGCCCAGGGGCUCAGUGGACACGCCCACAGAGCCCCUGUUCAGACGACCAAACAUGUCUUUCACUAAAUUAAGAUUAUGCUUUUGUUUCCUUGCUUGUGUUUAUUUUAUUGUCUUAUGAAGCAUUGCUGCGAGCAGCAAUUACAAAAGAUUAUUUAAUUUGCUUUGUUGAUUAAAGACAGAAAGAUGUCAUUGUUUCUUUUCUGGGCUGAUGAACAUUUUAGGACAUUUUCUAAAGUUAAACUGUUGUUAAUGUCUUGUCAUGUUGCUUUCUUCACAACUUGCCUCUGAUACAUUAUUAGUACUCUGCAGCAUUUUAAUUUUUGAAGGCUUUGCGGUACAUUACAGCCCACGGCUUUGUCCUUCUAUGUCUGAAAUCAUCAGAGAUUUAUGAGUCCUUUUUCAUUUCCUGUUGUCAAAUAUUUGGUGCCAAAAAGGCUGCGAGAGCCUCAGAGAUCCACGCUCGUGUUCAGUGCACAUGAGUGAUGCCUCCUCGACCACAACACGAGACGAGCUGCUGCUCUCACUGAACAACAAUCUACUGCCCACAGAAUCAGAGACUGUAUCUCACGCUGUUAUGUGAUUAAUGUUAGCGAUGCUAAGCAAUGUCAAGGUUAAUAACUUCACUCGCUAUUACGCUGUGGAGUGGAUUAUAAGCGCUAUACAGGAGGGAGAGAGAGAGAGGGAGUCAUUUCGGUUUUUAUAUCUCGUUGUAAAUUCUAAACCCCUCCAGCUUCAAAGUAAAAGAGAUAUUUUUUGGGUAAAGUUGCAUCUCUUUGUUACACUUGACUGAACCAGAAAUAAUAUUUUCUUAUGCCGUCAGUUAGUCUAAGUUUGAUAAAGCGCUAUUUGUAAAGCAAACGUCGGGGCUUUUAUUCAUGUAGUUAUUGGAAGCGUCACCAGCUUCAGUUGAGAUGAUGCUGUGAGAAAUAGCCAAACGGUAAAGCAGGUGUUCCAUUAAUGGGGACUUUAUGUGGGAAUAUGCACGAUAUCAACUGACAUGAUGAAGUAAAUGUCAGAAUCUAGUAUUAAGACUUACAUUUUUUGUGCUUACAUGGCAAAAAAGCGGGAAAUUGUCGCGGGCGCAAGACCUUCAGGGGUCCCACACAGCCAAGCCACUGGGCGGGAAUUAAUUUGUUAUGCAACAGAACAUCUUCCAGGACGGACGACGUGCAUCAGUGCUGUGUGUACACAGUGGGCUAAAGGAGCAACAGAAUGACUCUAUAAAGAGACAGAAUUAUGAUUUCAGGUAAAUCGAGUACAUCAUUUACAUUAUGAUGUGGAGUCUUGUUUUAAGACCUUCAUUUGUUCAGCUGAAACAUAUUGCACAUCCUUAAAUCAAUGUGUAGCUGUCUGUAGUAAAAAUAAUGUGAAUAAUUUACAGCUUUUUACUGGACAGUUUACGUUUUUACUUUCAAAUUAUUGGAUAGGUAAAGUGCACUGGACUAUAAAGUUUUGUCUGGUGAGUGAAAUGUCAGCAUAACUAAGUGUGACGACCAAUCUUACUUUAUAAAUACUUUAUAAUUUCCUUCAGGACGCGGAAACGUUAGCUGCAAGCCCUGGUAUUAUUACCGUAGUGUGCACACAUGGCAGUGUGAGGGGGGGGUGAUGAGAGAACAGCUCUUUGUUUUGUUACCCCCACGCAGACAUCUGGCUCUAAUAAAGGAGAACAGCUACCGGCCUGGCCCACAGCCCUGGCCGCUGUGCACAAACAAUGGCUGUAUUCUCAGCACGGCCUCCUCCUGGGUCAGACGCAUACAAAUACACACUCAGCUCACACAUUAGCUCUCCUGCUGAUGUUGAUGCCACGCAGCAUCUUACUCAGCAGUUUCAGAGGCACGGGCGGGCAUCACCUCUCCACUUUCACACACCGAAUGAGCUUAAACUGCUCAUUUAGCCUCCAGAAUGGAAGACGAACGAUACACAAAGGACCUCUUAGGCUGCAAACAAGUCGGUGCAGAAGCCUCUCUUCUGCUCACUUCCUUCUCUUCCAUCCAACUCGGAAAACUUGCCUCCUGUAUAAAAGUCGGUGUCGAUGAUCCGUCCCGUUGGGUAAAGGUCAGCCUGCUUAAACACACUGCGCCUGUAAAAUAUCCCCACAGUGAACCUACGAGCCCGGAGAGGCCCGGCGGACUUUCUGCCUCAAACAAACAGACGCAUUUCUUCAGUGUGCCUGUGCACGGCCAGCUGUCUCUGCAGGAGUGUUUAUAUUCACAACAACACAUGUAUUUAUGCUGUUUUUGAACGAUGUCUAUUAUUUGACUGAAUUGAAAGGAACACAGGAAGGUUUCUUAACAUAACUGAGGAGCUGAUGUGAUUUGUGCUUAUAUUCUUAUUUUAUUAUUUAUGCACACAAUUACACAUUUAUACACAGUAAAGUGUCAUAGUAGGUAGAGAUCGGUUUAGGAAAUAUGCUUAUUUCUCAUAUGCCAAAUUCAGUGAUGCUCCAGGCGCAGGCAGCUAGCGCCGCUGUGAGGUCGAACUUUAAGUUAAAUAAUGACGGCAGCAUAUUAACACGCUCACACAAUGUUAAAAUAUUGAUGCGUAGCAGGAUGCAUGUAGCUUAGGGUAUUAGCAUGCUAACCUUUGUUGAUUAGCACAAGUGUUGGGCAGUCAUUAUGCUAAGCUAAGCUAGUGGCUGCUAGCUGUGUGGUAUCAAUCUCCUCAUCUGACUCUAAGCAAGGAAUCAAAUAAGUGUCAGACUGCUCCUUUAUUUAACUAUUAUUUUUGUUCCUUUUUGGCACCAAAAAACAUUUGAAAUAUAAAACAUGAUCAUAUCUCCUGAGCACAGAGGGACAAAGCCAGUUCUCUCCUUCUCUGCCUGUUUCUUUUACAUAUCUUCAGCCCCAUGCAGGAUGUUGUUGUACAGUGUAGACAUGAUGUAAUUCAUUCUGCUGUUGUUUUUGAGCUGUCAUGUUCACCUCACACUUCAUACUCACACACACACACAGCGACUAUUCAUUCCUUUUAGUGGAGUUUAAAUCCCCGACUCCAGCGUCUGCCAGCAGCUUCUUCUAUGCUGCAUCACAUACUGUACUUGUGUUUACAUUUUGGAUUUGCUGGAUUACUUUAUGGCACGAAAGAGGGAUUUUUAUUUUACGGUGCAACACUUUAUUCAAGCUUCACUGAACUAAAAUACAACAGAGUGGACAAAGAACCACUUCUCAACACAAAGCACGUUCAGUUUGAGGCAAUGCAACACAUACAGUAAGAGAACUCUACACACACACACUGCUGUAUCACAGAGCACCUGCAGAGUCCCAUGUGACUGCACCAGAGAGAAACUGCUGCCUCCUGAGGCUCACAGGUCGUGUUCACACACCAAUGUGGAGAAAUCUAAAUCUGUUUUUCUUCUCGUUUUAGUGAUGAUGGAGAUUCUCCAAAAUCCUUUAGUGUAAUUAUCAUGUGAUCCCUUUUACACUCUGUAAACAAACACUUACUCUGUAAAAGCACGUUAAUAAUCCUGCUUAAAAUAUUUAAUUUAUUACAAAUGGGGCCUCAUCGGUCAGUUAUGUUAACACUGUAGCCACCAAAAGAAACUGCUGACAUCGUUGUAAUGUCAGUAAUAAUCUCUGAUUGAACAGAAAACUGUGCGUGUGCUCGGGAUACUAACAACAAGACGGUCAUGGAGAAUUUCCAUCAGAAUAAUCGUGAAUAUUCUCACUCGAGUGACUUUAAAAAGCUGUCGAUCUGUGUGAAAUAAAUUAUGUUUGGCAGUAAUUUUUCUACAAAGUGAUCUGCUGAACUGUUUGUACACGGGGAAAGUGUGAAGAACAUAUCCGACACAUAUAAAUAAUUUUCUUUGAUGAAUCGGUGAAUGACUGAAUGAAUCACAGUUUAGCAGCAUUUGUUAAAUGUGUCCCCGUUAGCCGUGGCCCCCGCGGUCCUGCCAUGUUUGUUGCCCUGACAUCGUGUGCUUCAGAGAUCACACACACCCUGCGUGUUCAGAUGGUGUGUGUGUGUGUGUGAUGUUGUAACCUGUACAGAAAUGUGUGUGUGACCUCUUAAAUCAGCCGUGUCUGUAACUGAAUUUAUACCAUGUCAUCAGCAUUUUUCACCAUCGUGUGUGUAUCAGAGUGUCUCAUAAUGGCUGUGUGUGUGUGUGUGUGUGUGUGUGUGUGUGUGUGUGUGUGUGUGUGUGUGUGUGUGUGUGUGGACACUCUGUGCCGAACCCACUCUGCCUUAGAGGGAACGUCUCCGAAGGGAAGACGAGGCUCUCGUUCAAACGGGCGCCACUUAUUUAUUUAUUUAUUCUCAUACUACUUUCUCCCAAUUACCAUGGCAACACACCUAACCUCUCUGUAGCUCUCGUUUCCUCGACAGCAUCUCUCCGUGCUGUUGUACUCCGUUCGUUUUCAGGCGCACUCACUGAAACCAUGAAUAAUUGACUGUGUGCUGUACACUGAGUGUGGUAGAGUGGUGUUGUUGAUGCUCCAGCAGCACGACCUGCGGUUCAUCUGUCUGAUGUUUUCACAAUAAAACAACACUGAAACUCC